AUGAUAGAAGACGAGGCAAAUAAUAAUAAUAAUAAUAAUGUCAAUAAUAAUGGAGCGUUCCAAUCUCUGUCAAAUAAUCCAUCUUCAUUAUGGGGGACACCACAACGACAGGGUGCUAUACAUUUCCAUAAUCAUAAAAAUGAUAAUAAUGCAACUGAUGUUUUUAAUACACCGCUGAGACGACCCACUAGGAGCACAGCGAAUCAUUUAUCAAGUAGUGAGCAUCAUUUAGUGAGUCAUAGUGACUGUAAUGAUGGUAACGGUACAAGAAAUGAUGACAUAGAUUAUGUAAUGGAUGAUAAGGAUCAUCUUAAUAGUAGCCAUCGUGAAGAGGAAGAAGGAUAUAAAUACGAUUAUCGGCCAUUUAUUGAUAAGGAUUUGGUACAAGAACAUAAGAUCAACAAUCUAUUACGAUCUGAGAAGGCUAUCCAUUGCUUGAUCUUCCAUAAGAAUGGACAUUCCAAUGAAUCGACGUCAUUCUUUAUGGAGGAUUCUUAUAAACCAGAUUUACAGUUACAUUGUGGAGAUGAAGACGGUGAUGAGAUCCAUGAUCAAGCCCAAUACCCUGCAGGAAGCUUGAUUACUAGAAUACCGAACUGUAAUGCUAAUCACUUGUAUGGGCUUUUCAAUUGCAUACCAUUAUUACCCAGUAAACGUGGUAACUCCUCCAUGGAGACAGCACUUCGAGAUUUCUGGGAUGAUAAUGACGAUACAGGUCUGUUGUCUGCAAUAGACAGUGCACAUAGAGUGAAAUUGGGAGAGAUAUUUAAAAGAGAAUGUGAAUUGUUCCAAGAAUUGCAAUUACAAUCUCAGUCCCAGUCGCAAUCACAAGAAGACGGGACAGAAGUAGACAUUGGCGACGCAUUCAAUCAAGAGAUUACAGUAGAUGAAAUUAAAAGGCAAUGUCAUGAGAUAUAUGAAGAAGAUGAAGAGACAACCAUACCCACAUUAAUGUAA